AUGACUACUACUAGUAGGCCGAAUACCAAGCCUCCCCAGAUCGAUCCGAUCGUUCCUUAUGACCCGAAUGUUUCCGCCCGCCCGCAUUGUCGCCAACCGAGCGACAGCCGCAAGAACAGCCAGCUAGGCUACGGAUCCGGUCUGCGAGGUGUUGCGUUUUAUGUGUUGUCGCUAGCUCGUGCAUGUGCCAGUCUCGUAACCAACAUGUGUGUUGUGGUGGACUGUGGCUUUUUUCUCAUGUGUUGCGAGAGUGUCUAUAGCCACCAGUGCGGAUCAAGCUAUCUGGAGGAUAGCCCGGGUGGCGUCGUAGUCUCGAGACCAGAUCAACAUCAGGAUGGUUCAUCUCCAGCUGCUUUUGCUACUGGCCACCACGUUAUCCCAGACUUCGCGCUUCGAUAA